AUGCCACGUUCAUCGGCUACGGCUAGGAAGAGUCAUAGCAAUCGACAAGACCAUGGCGGCGGCGGUUCUGGGAAGAAGCCAAGCAAACAAAAGUCAAGUGGGCAUUUAAACGCAACAUACAACGGUACUGCUGGAUCCGAAACUGGACCGUCUUCGCAGGUCGACUGGCCAUCGCAUCGUUCUGGAGACCAAUCGAUCGCAGCAGCCGCAGCCAAAUCUAACGGACCGGUCGAUAGCUUGAAAGCGGACACCAACGGACGUGGUUAUCCGGGCGGAUAUGCGAAGGGAAAUGCAGACAUGUCUUACGGGCAGACGAAUGGUGGCGUGUCGCCGAAUGGUGGACUCGCCGGGCCGGCUUCACGUCGUACGGAUAAGUCGGUCACUGGGACCAAGAGGACAACUUCGAAUGCGUCGGUGAAUCCGUUCCAGCUGGCAUCCACCAUUCUCCGAUCGUGUCCAAUGUACGACACUAUCGCCAUCUUGAUCUUUCUGCUUCAGCUCCCGCCUAUGGUUCUCACUUUGGUUCAAUUCUUGUUUGCGUCCUUGACAUUUAUGCCUCCCAGCGGCACCGCUUCUGGAUCCUUCACCUCCAACUUCGAUAUUUUCCAGGGACCCGCCGGAACCCCCUCGCUCGGUACCAUGAUUGCAAUGGAUGGUUUCUGCCUGCUUGUAUGGGGCCUCUUUAUGUGGACGUGGGCCCAGAAUUUUGCUCUCGAUUUAGCCCAUGUCCAGGUUGCCAUCACUCUGGGCGGUGGAGGUGCAGGGAAAAAUGGUGGUGUCAAUGCGCUCUGCGUCGGUAUUGUUCUGAUUCUGCAUCUCAUACGCAGCAAAGGAAUACAGGAUUUUGUCGUCGGCCAUCUUGUUUCAGCAAAAAUCAUUAGCCCCGAUUUACUGUCGCAUUAUUCUUACCUCAUGCCCGCCGAAUUCAAGCGCACCGAAUCGCAAUCAUCCCCGAGUUGGAUCCGGAGCCUGCUUGCUGACCCCGGCCCCAUCACGAUCAGGCAAACGCGUGGAUACAGAAGCGUCUGCCGGCUCACAAACCCAGAUCGACUCGGCGUUCGAAUCCGCGGCCAGCGUUUCUUCCUAUCCUAUGGCCCCGACGGGCAGAUUAUCACUGCCGCGCAUAAGGACGGCAGGGAUCGUUUGAUAUCGGCAAAAAAACGACGAAGGCAGGCAAAUCAAGUCAGGAGCCGGCAACCUUUUUGGGCUGCACUGGCAAGCACAAAAGUCACGGUCAUGAGGGAGUAUGAACAUUCUAGGGCCUUGUCAAAAACUGCUAGAGGACUUGCUACGACGGAGGACGAUCUUCAAGGCGUUUCUUUGGACGAUGGACUUGUUUGGAUUACGUAUGUGGAUAGCUCGACGAUUAAGUUUGCAGCUGGGGAUUUUGCGUCUUCGGACGACCAUUCCGCGUCAGGUGUCUGCGAAGCAGGCCGUGUGAGCAGCGAGGAUGCGGAGCCGUUUUACGUCUGCGUCAAUGGUGCGCCAUGGGCAACGGUGGUCAUCACUAAAGAGCAUGAUCCUUCAAAAGCGUCUAAUACAAUCUAUUGGCGAGGCGAGAUAUCAGGUCUUGCACCCAAUUGCGCGUAUACUUGCUCUUUUGUUAAAUGCGAUACGGAUGAGGAAAUCUGCGCCAUGAGUGUCAAGACCCCUGCGGCCAAUGAUGCAGAACAAGCCAAUUCGGUGCCGGCCCCUCCGCAACCCUCAUAUCGACCAUCCUCCCCAACAACCACGCUGAAGAACUCGAUCAUCAAUGCUGAGGCGAAACUGAACGAAAAGCGUGCUCGACUCCGAAAGGCCAAAAAUGACCACAAGCUUGCUAUUUCUAAGAUCAAGAAGGAGCUGGACAAUUACACCAAUCGUCUUCAGAGCGGCACGGAUGAAAACAGGCAGAAGCAACGCUCUCUUCAAUUGGAAAGGAACAUUCGACAAACUGAAGAGGCUACCGCCGCUCUGGACAACCAGAUCGAUAACUUGGGUAAUGUUCCUGACGAUGAGUAUCAGGAGUGGGUUGAACAGAAGGCAAAGUACGAACGUGAAUUGGAGCUCCUCAAAUCCGCCAAGGCAGAGAUUGCUGCCACGCGUACCGCCAAUGCUCGCGAGUUAUCUUCAUUGGAAUCCGAGUUGAACUCUACCACGCAACGGCGCGAACGUCUGCAGGGUCGCCGAACCAGAGUGAAUGAGCAGUACGAACGGAUCAUCUCGGCCAACGCACAGGGUCUCAAUGAGCGAGAGCGCCGCGCUGCAGAGCAGUUUGCCCGGGAACAAGAUCAGUCGAAGUUGGAGCAAAGUUUCAACGAACAAUUCGCGAGCAUCAGUCAAUCAGUGCAGGAUUAUCAGCUGCGCACCAGUCAAUUGUGGCAACAGUGUACCGCCGUCGAACAAGCCCUCCAGCAGCAGUUGCUCAUGGAGCCCGCUCCGCUAACACCCGAAGGCGAGCUGCCCGGUACUAGUACGUUUGCCGACGCGCCCAGCGUGCCCUUGGGCACAUUGGCGUCAAAUAUGCCAAGCCACCGCUCGCUACUAGGACAGAGCUUUCCGCCGCUCAAGUCUAGUCCUCUGCAGCACUAUGCUUCGCCAAUUGGAACUGCUCCGUCUCAUCCGACUAGUCCAAUCGCCGCUCCAUCCUACCAGCCUUUCUCCAGCUCGCCAUUUGGUAACGCGGCAUCCUUCCUUGACCCGGACUUUGUCUACCGCGACCGUUCGUUCUCCAACCGCUCCGCACGCAGCAGCCUCUAUGGCUCUGAGUUCCCGGACGCGAUAACGGCCCGCCGUGUCCCCUUUGGCGUUGAUCCUUUCGAGCUCGGUAACGAGAAACGACGCGGUUCGGGAUCUGACAGCACCCCGCUCAACGGUCCAUCUGGCCUACGUCCUAUCUCCAGUCCUUUCCAGCGAGCCGCCAGUCGCGCAAGUGGAACCGGCAGUGGCGGAAGCGGAGGAAGUGGUAGUGGUAGUGGCAGUCCUAGCUCUGCCCGUGGAAAGGGAAACUAA